AUGCUCCACAAGCUGCCUCAGUGCCUGCAGGAGUAUUUGCACCUGUACGUGCUCAAGGAGUUCAGGGGAAAGUACCCUACUGCCCCCGUAAGUGGCGGCAGUCGAAUAUGCACGUCAUCAUCUGGAUAUACCGUUCUAUAGGACAGAGCUGCAGGACGACUAGGUUUCCUGCGGCGACAUGGAUAAUGAGGUUGAGGAGAGCUGGCUACAGGAACAGGCUCUCAGGAGCCUUACACAUUUUUACAAUGCUAAGAGGUACCCGAAGAGUAUGGGCGCUGACCCAGAAAUGAUGGACGUGGAGGGGGACUUCUUUAGGAGGGAGAUUGGCAAGAUGGAUGUUGGGGAGUGGGAUGCUUCAGGGUUGGAGGGGUAG